AUGUCCAAUAUUUACUCAAAAUUAUAGAAGCUAAGUAAAUUGAUUUUUCAAUAACUUUCAAAAUCUAAAAAACUAUAGAAGAUCUAUAAUUUUGAUAAUCUAAUCAGACAUGAAAAAGGAGGAUCUCAAGAUAUUCUUGAUACAGAUGAUUUAUUACAAAAACUUAAUGAUCUUGUAAAUCUUUGUAUGAAAUUAAUUACUUUUGAUUCAAAAUAUCUAUAGACUUAUUUAUAGAUUAAAGAAAUCUAAAUUCAAAUUUAUUUUUGUUCCUUACAAAAUGUCCAAAAAUAACAUUCAAAAUGCAAGAUUAAGAUUUGA